CACACAGACACAGAGUCAAAGAUACCAGAGAAUUUCUGCAGAGCAUCAAAGAGGAUCUCUCUUCAGGGCAAUCAUGACUCUGAAAGGACUCGUUUUGUGCCUCUUGUUCUGGAGCUCCGUGACCAGCAGACGCAUAGAAAUGCCGGAUGAUGACACCGUGUUCGACCUGUUUGAGCUCACUCAUGUCGACAAGAAGCAACACGGGGUGAGCUUAGUGAAGGGACCCGAUCCAAACAGCCCCGCGUACAAGAUCCUGAACCCGAACCUGAUCCCCUCGGUGCCCGAGCUCUCCUUCAAGGACCUGGUGUACUCCAUCCAGAGCGAGAGAGGCUUCAUCUUCACCGCCAACCUGAAGCAAGCCAAGCGCACCAGGGGCAGCCUGGUCUCCGUGGAGAGGACCGACGGCACCGGAUCCGUCUUUGAGAUCAUCUCCAACGGGAAAGCCAACACCGUGGAUCUGGUGUACUGGACCGAGAGCGGACAGCACGUGGUGUCCAUUGAGGACGUGAACGUGGCGAACGGACACUGGAAGAACAUCACGGUGUUUGUGCAGGAGGAUCGAGCUCAGGUUCACGUGGGCUGUGAGGAGAUCAACACUCAAGAACUCGAUGCUCCGAUCCAGCAGAUCCUGAAUCAGGAGAGCGCGGACAUCUCGAGCCUGAGGAUCGCCAAAGGAGCCGCCAAAACCGAUCGCUUUCUGGGAGUUCUCCAGAACGUGCGGUUUGUUUUUGGAACGACGCUGGACGCGAUUUUACGCAAUAAAGGAUGCGAGAGCUCAUCCUUCAUCACUGAUGUCAUGGCCUUGAAAAACCCCUUGAUUGGAUCCAGCCCGGCCAUCCGCACUGAUUACACCGGACACAAGUCUAAAGAUCUGCAGGACAUCUGCGGUUUCUCUUGCGACCAUCUGUCCAGCAUGUUCAAGGAGCUCAAGGGACUCGGCAUGGUGGUGAAGCAAUUGUCAAACGAGCUCCGCCAAGUGAAAGCAGAAAAAGAAGGGGAUUGUCUGCACAAUGGCAUCGUUCACAGAGACAAAGACGAGUGGACGGUGGACAGCUGCACACACUGCACAUGUCAGAACUCUGCCACUGUGUGCCAUGACAUCUCCUGUCCUCUUAUGCCCUGUGCCAACGCUACUGUCCCCGACGGUGAAUGCUGCCCACGCUGUGGAACACCGAACGAUGCGGCUGUAGACAGCUGGUCACCAUGGUCUGAAUGGACACACUGCUCAGUGACCUGUGGCAGAGGCAUUCAGCAGCGCGGACGCUCUUGUGACCGAAUCAACAGCAACUGCGAUGGCACAUCUGUCCAGACGAGAGACUGUUACAUGCAAGAAUGCGACAAACGCUUCAAGCAGGAUGGUGGCUGGAGCCACUGGUCCCCCUGGUCUUCUUGCUCAGUGACAUGUGGCGAGGGUGUCAUCACUCGUAUCCGGUUGUGCAACUCCCCUACGCCUCAGAUGGGCGGGAAAGACUGCGAGGGAGACGGUCGUCAGACCGAACUGUGCCAGAAGGACGCAUGCCCCGUAAAUGGAGGCUGGGGACCCUGGUCACCAUGGGACUCUUGCUCCGUCACGUGUGGUGGAGGACUGCAGCGCAGACAUCGUCUGUGUAACAGCCCCGCUCCCAAAUAUGGUGGAAAAGAAUGUAUGGGUGACUCAAAAGGAACCCGUUUGUGCAACGCCCAGUCAUGUCCAGUUGAUGGAUGCCUGUCUAACCCAUGCUUUGCUGGGACCAAAUGCACCAGCUUCCCCGAUGGCUCCUGGAAGUGCGGCGAGUGUCCGGUUGGAUACACUGGGGAUGGAGUCCACUGUCAAGACAUUGACGAGUGCAAAGAAGUUCCUGAUGCCUGUUUCGUGCUGAAUGGAGUCCACCAAUGUGUGAACACAGAACCAGGCUAUAACUGCCUGCCCUGCCCUCCACGCUACUCUGGACAGCAGCCCUUCGGCAGGGGAUCAGAGCAGGCCAUUGCCAACAAACAGGUCUGCACACCUAGAAACCCAUGCGAGGAUGGCACCCAUGACUGCAAUAAGAAUGCCAACUGCAUCUACCUGGGCAUUUUCUCUGACAUCAUGUACCGCUGCGAAUGUAAACCAGGCUACGCUGGGAACGGUUACAUCUGUGGAGGAGACUCUGACCUUGACGGCUGGCCAAACACAGACCUCCACUGUGUGGAAAACGCCACCUACCACUGCAAGAAGGACAACUGUCCUGACCUUCCCAACUCUGGUCAAGAAGACUAUGACAAAGAUGGAAUUGGAGAUGCUUGUGACAAUGAUGAUGACAAUGAUGGGAUCCCUGAUGAACAGGACAAUUGCCCGUUCAUCUUUAACCCAAGACAGUAUGACCAUGACCACGAUCAAGUUGGCGACAGUUGUGAUAAUUGCCCAUAUGACAGUAAUCCAGAACAGACCGACACCGACAACAACGGUGAGGGUGAUGCGUGUGCCAUUGACAUCGAUGGUGAUGGCAUCCUGAAUGAGAAGGACAACUGUCCAUAUGUGUACAACACUGACCAGAGAGACAAUGACGGAGACGGAGUCGGUGACCACUGUGACAACUGCCCACUGGAGCACAACCCUGACCAGAUCGACUCUGAUUCUGACAACAUUGGAGACAAGUGUGACAACAACCAGGACAUCGAUGAGGAUGGACAUCAAAACAACCUUGACAACUGUCCCUACAUUCCCAACGCCAACCAGGUCGACCAUGACAAGGACGGCAAAGGAGACGCCUGUGAUCACGAUGAUGACAAUGAUGGCGUGCCUGAUGACAAAGACAACUGCCGACUCGCCUUCAACCCAGAUCAACUGGAUUCGGACGGAGACGGACGAGGUGACGUUUGCAAGGACGACUUUGACGUUGAUAACGUGCCGGAUAUGUAUGACGUUUGCCCGGAGAACUUCGGCAUCAGUGAAACAGACUUCCGUAGGUUCCAAAUGGUUCCUCUCGAUCCCACCGGAACUUCCCAAAUCGACCCCAACUGGGUCGUCCGUCACCAGGGCAAAGAACUUCUGCAGACGGUCAACUGUGAUCCUGGCAUCGCUGUUGGUUAUGAUGAGUUCAAUGCUGUGGACUUUAGCGGCACGUUCUUCAUCAACACAGACCGUGAUGAUGACUACGCUGGCUUUGUGUUUGGCUACCAAUCUAGCUCACGUUUCUACGUGGUGAUGUGGAAACAGAUCACACAGACCUACUGGUCUCAUACACCCACUAAAGCACAGGGGUACUCUGGACUGUCCGUUAAAGUAGUGAACUCGACCACAGGACCUGGCGAACACCUCAGGAACGCUUUGUGGCACACUGGAGACACAGAGGGACAGGUGCGUACACUGUGGCAUGAUCCCAAGAACAUUGGAUGGAAGGAUUACACCGCCUACAGAUGGCAACUAAUCCACAGACCCAAAACCGGACACAUCAGAGUUAUCAUGUAUGAAGGCAAGAAAGUCUUGGCUGAUUCCGGAAGCAUCUAUGAUAAGACAUAUGCCGGAGGAAGACUUGGCCUCUUUGUCUUCUCUCAAGAGAUGGUUUACUUCUCAGACCUCAAAUACGAAUGCAGAGAUGCAUCAUAACAGACCCAUCAGCGUGUACCUUAAGGACGUGUCCAUUAUCUGUUGGUUUAAAUGUGUUCUGUUAUAAAACUCUUCUUUGGGGGGGAUCAAGGAUCCUUUCAAUCUAAGCAAGGACCACAGAAGCAGGUCAAUCAUGAAGACCCAUCAAUACUUUCAUCUCAUCUAUCUCCUCCACUCUCAGCUUGUUUUUUAUCAUGUGACUGGUAAAGGGAAGUUCUUCUGUAGUGUCACCUCAGAUCUGCUGUGGACUAUGAGCGUGAAGCAAAAGCUUCCCCUUGAUUCUGGUGGGUUGAGAUCCCACAAGGAACUGUUGAGGAGUGA